UACAGCGUCUCAGCUGUGAGGCUGUCACGCAGACAAACGACAUGAAUGCUUAACCUUUGCAGGCGAAAUGGCAUAUAGGUUAUGUAUGGGCUAUGGAUAUGUCGUUUGCCGUGUGAAAUCUAGUAAAGUAAUGAAUGACUUCGGGCGUAUAGAGCUAGCGCAGCGAUCGCUUGAAAAGCUAGCUAGCUAGCUAGCGUACGACUUGCUCAUACGAUGACAAUGAAGCGUAAUUACACAGUGUUGACCAUCUAACGUUCGCUUUAGGUAUGGAUCCAAAGCAUAAAGAAUUUCUGAGAAAACAUAGACUGGACUUGUCCAAUCAGAUCUUAACUGACGAAACGAUAGUUCAGUACCUUUACCAGGAAGGCAUUUUAACGGAGAGCCAGGUAGAAGAGAUACAAGCGCAGACGACCAACAAAAAGAAGACUUUGAAGUUGCUUGACAUUCUUCCCACCCGAGGCCCGCAUGCUUUCGGGGCGUUUCUGAAAUCCCUGGAAGAGGACUUUAUAUGGGUAAAAGAGAGUCUGCAGCAGGAUCUGCAGGGCGCAGAAGCACAUGAGCCGAGUCCAACAGAAAUAUGUGAGAUACCGGAGGAGACCCUCCGGAAGGUUCCGACGGACCAGGAGCUGAACCGGCUGGCCGGCCAGCUGGGCCCAGAGUGGGAGUCGGUGCUGCUGGACCUGGGUCUGUCGGCGGGUCAGGUGUUCCGGUGCCGGGCCAAUCACCCGCUCAACCUGCAGAGCCAGGUGCUGGCCGGCCUGGUUCUGUGGAAGCAGGCGUCGGGACGGGGGGCAACCGUCCGGAGGCUCCUCCGCAGCCUGGAGGCGUGCCAGAUCCACCCCUCCGUCCUGGAGGAAGUGUUCCGGUAAACGAGGAGGGGGCGGGGAUUCUAGGGGACUGAGAUCCACCCCUCCCUGGUGGAGGGCUGUCCUGUCCCGUUUUGCCCCACCUCCACUGCCUGCACCACCCCGACACAUGUUCAUCCAGGAUACAGAAUCUGGACACGAGCGAGUUGUUACCAGAGAACUCUCACCCCAAACUGGUACAAGCCUUAUGGAAUGUGUUCACAGGAAGUGGAGAGGGACACAGGAGGUGAUGGUGGGAGAGGAGUUCUGCAGUGGGCGGAGCUUGAUGAAGGGAGGGGAAAUGACUGAGGCCAGACCUGUCGCCAUGGCCACCAGGACAACUUUUUAAAGCCUGUUACAGUCUGUGUUUGACUGGAAAACAGCCUGAAGCCCCUCUUUUAAUAAAUGACUUAUGCAGGCCAAGAACCUAGGCUGAAAUUUGCACCCUGUUUUAGGAGCCUCUUCUUACAUACUGAGGAAGGGUGGAUGGGCUCAAAGGGACGGUCGAUGCAGGGUGGAAUUUGGCCACAGGUGCACAUUGCUGUGGUAUUGAUUAUCUUUGUCAGUUAGCAGAUCCUGUGUUUUGCCAUUUA